AUGCCAUUGAAAUACGUGUCAUUGGUCACGCUCGCUGUCCAGAAUGCAGCCCUGUCAAUCGUCAUGCACUACUCACGAGUGUCAAUGCCCGCUGCGCAGUCAUAUUCGCCUGCGACUGCCGUGCUCCUGAACGAGAUAUUGAAGGGUUCCAUAUCCUUCGUCAUCGCGUUCCUCCGGGUUGUGUAUGCUUCGGACGCAUCCGGACUAGGUCCCGCAGGUUGGUUCUUCGCCUUCCGGCGUGUGUGCCACGAGAUCUUCAGCCCGGACUGCUGGAAGCUCUCCAUCCCCGCACUCCUCUACGUCGUUCAGAACACGCUCCAGUUCGUGGCGAUCAGCAACCUGCCGGUCGCGACGUUUCAGGUGACAUACCAGAUGAAAAUCCUCACCACAGCCGCUUUCUCCGUUGCGCUCCUCCGGAAAAGGCUGUCGUCCUCAAAAUGGAUCUCACUCUUCCUUCUGGCUAUUGGCGUUGGCAUCGUCCAGCUCCAGACCCUCGCUACCCGAGCAGUCCCCGCCAACACCCCAGUCGGCAGCGCACACGACUCAGCCCCUCUGCACAUCCACAUAAUGAGCCCCCUGAAGGGCUUCGGCGCAGUGACGGCGGCGUGCUUCACGUCUGGACUUGCCGGUGUUUACUUCGAAAUGGUACUCAAAAAUUCGAAGGCGGACCUCUGGGUUCGUAACGUGCAGUUAUCAUUAUUUUCGCUUCCCCCCGCCAUCUUCCCCAUCUUCUUCGAGACGCAUCACCCAGCUCACGGCGGUAUCCUGGCCAAUCUGCUCAGGCAUUUCGGUGGAUGGGCGUGGGCUACGGUCACCAUUCAGGUCUUCGGUGGUCUCAUCACGGCCAUUGUCAUCAAGUAUUCGGACAACAUCCUGAAGGGAUUCGCCACGAGUUUGUCAAUCGUGCUAUCUUUCCUCGCGUCUGUCGUGCUCUUCGGCUUCCACAUCACCCCCACGUUCGUCACUGGUUCGACUGUAGUGCUGGUCGCGACGUGGAUGUACAACCAGCCCCCGGGGAAGGAGCUCGUUUCCAUUACGAGCGUCAUACCUGCAAAGACUGGGACGUCCUCGUUCCCCGGUACGCCCGUUACGCGCGAUGCGCCUAUCCUCGGACAGUUCCCGACGGAGAAGAAGAGAACGUCGCCUUUCGGCAGCCCACGGGUAUUCGCAAGUGCACUCGGACUAGGUGAAAAGCCUGAAAGCGGCUCUGAACGCUUCGGCGAAACGCUGGACACCACACGGUACCUGAAUGCGCCAUACGGCUCCCCCUUCCCCUCGCGGACGCCCUCUCCGAUCCCCACUCCGCCUUAUCCUCCUCCCGCCAAUCCUUCCUCUAGUUUCGGUUCGCAGAAUAGCGGACGGUGGCAAUAA